GAGUUCUAGUGAAGUGAGGCGGAGCGAGCAAUCCUUUCAGGGAUGAAACGCGGGCUGAAGAAUAAUGAAUGAGAGAAACUGGGCGGAGAAAGUUCGAGUUGAUUUUCACAUGUCUCUUAGUGCCAUGGUAAGUGUACUUUUUUGGAGUAAUAGGACAGCUAUUCUGCAGUGGAUAUUUAUUUGACUUUAUUUGACUGUAAAGUAGCCUAAAUAAACGAACAUUCUAAAACGGUCUGGACUGGAGUUAGCCACUUUGGAUUGGAAGACUUCUUUGUGAAGAAGGUGAUGGUUUCACUGUAAAGAGAGGGCAAACUGGGGAGUCGGAGGAGCCAGAAUGGAGGACCUCAUAGGGUCGUUGGAGAGGAAGCUGCAGAGGCCUCUAUUGGCCAAGUCCCGGACACUACCCAGCAUCCCCCAGUCCCCUACCGUGGCCAGGGUCCACCACUCAGACCUGAUUGAUGGGAGUCCUCCUCGCAGGACGUCUUUGGCCAGCAACAGCAAUCAGCCCAAGGCCUGCACUUUGCCCCCUGAAGGGGAGCUGUGGCGUCUGGAGGACGACGUGGAGGACGAGGAGGAGGCGGGGCGUCUGUGUGUCGCCGCCCGCCCCCGCUCACAAUCGCCCUUCUCCCACUUCCGCACGCGCACCGCAUACCUGCGCAAGAGCGUCUCCGUGGACGACCCACUGGGCAUGGUAGACUACUGCUCGGCGGCGCCCCUCGAGGGCAAAGGCAGUCGCGGCGGCAAGGGCAAGCUCAAGAGGAAGUUUAGUCUGGGGUCAGCAGACAGGAAAGAGUUCCAACAAAAGAAGCCAGAGUCGAGCAUAUCCAAAUUCACUCACCGGCUGUCCCUAAAAGAGCGGCAGACCAAACCUGAGAAGACUACACUGGAUAGACCUCCGUCCUACAGGAGGCGCUCUCUCAGUCUGGACUGGGCCGACUCAGCCAAGAUGAACCAGCGAGAGAUGCGAGAGCCUCAUCCUCCUCCCAUCCGGAACAAGUCCACCAGUCUGUCAUCCCCCAGUGCCGCCCGCCGCCUUUACAGGAACCUGUCAGGGAAGUUCCGUGUGGGCAACCUGCCUGGCCUGGAGGACAGUGUGGUGUCGGGACGAGGCGAUAAGGAGCGCCUCCGCAAGUCCACUAUGUUCCAGAGUAACGAGGCGCUGUUCGAGGCGGUGGAGCACCAAGAGAUGGACCUGGUGCAGUUACUCCUGUCCCAGUACAGUAUGGAGGAGCUGGACCUCAACACCCCUAACAGUGAGGGCCUGCUGCCCCUGGACAUCGCAGUCAUGACCAACAACGUACCCAUGGCCAGGCUGCUGCUCCGCGCCGGAGCCAAGGAAAGCCCCCACUUUGUGAGCCUGGAGGGCCGCGCGGUGCACCUGGCCACGUUGGUCCGUGAGGCCGAGCAGCGUGUGGGGGACUUGCAGGCCCAGGUGCGGAGUGAGUUCCCCGGGGAGCGGGAGGCGUCGGACCAUGAGAGGCAACUCAAGGCCUGGGAGUGGAGGCACCGGCUCUUCAGACGCAUGCAGACGGGCUUUGAGCAUGCCAGCCCUCCGGAUGUUCCCAGCUCUGUCCGUCUGUCUGUCCUUAGCAGCUCCAGUCUGAGGGUGGACUUCCAGGAGCCUCUCAGUGUCAACUCUGCAGUAGUCACCAAGUACAAAGUGAGUUGGAGCGGUUCCCCUUCCCUCAGUCCUCUGUUGGGUGAGGCGCUAGUAGAGGACACCAGUCUACUGCAGUGCAACAUUACCGACCUCACACGCGGAGAUUAUUACUAUUUCCAGGUGUCUGCCUUCAACAUGAAGGGAUGGGGUCCUGCCCAGAACUCCACCCCAUCCUGCGCCUCCCCUUCCAGUUGGAGGGAGAUUGAUGGCCGCGCACCUCGCCAGCGGGGACAGAAGGAGGCGCUAGACCAGCUACUGGGACAGAUUAAAGAGACGCACCGCCACUGUGUGUGCCACGAACAGUGCAAAGCCCCUCCACACGUGAGGAAACAUUCCGUAUCCAAAAGCCUGCGCCACCUCUUCCAGCCUACCAGCAAAUUUGUCAAAAGCUUGAAACGAGGUCUCUACUUGACGUCUAUAUUCUACCGAGAUGACAAUGUACUCGUGACGCCUGAGGACCAGAUCCCCAUCGUAGAGAUAGAUGAAUCCUAUUCCAGCUCACUGAUGCAGGACUUCCUAUGGUUCACUAAGGUGUCCUACCUAUGGGAGGAGAUUCCGUGGCUGCAGCAGUGUCUCAGCCCCUCCCAGUCUUCCUGCUCCUGCACCCUCCAGACACGCCUCAAGAUGCUGCAGGCCGUAUCCCAACUACAGGGAAUGCUGGGAACUCAGGACCUGGGUCAGGUUUACUUUGAGCCAAUCAAAGACAAGCAUGGCAACGCUCUGCUGGUGUUGCUGAAGGACAUGAACGUGUGUCCCAGUCUGGACGGGGUGAAGUGGACACAUCUGUGUAAGCUUCAGCUUCAACGCAAGUCCAUCUCGUCCCCCGAGGAGCCCACGGCCCUGGACACGCUGCUCAUCACCCUCCACGAGAAGCUGGCGUACCACAGACGGAGCAGGAAGCUCCUCUCCCCAGGCCUGUACCUGGGCUACCUGAAGCUGUGUAGCUCUGUGGACCAGAUCAGAGCCCUGGUGCCUCAGAAGCUACCCAACGUCCUCUGUCAUGCUAAGAUACGAGACAACUGUAAUGUGUCUAGGGAAGAGUGGCAGUGGCUGCAGGCCCUCAGUUCUCUGGAGGAGUCUCUGGAGAUGGACCAGGAUGUGCAGAGCGCUCCACACCGCCUCCUACAGGACCUACGCAGCGCUGCCAAGGACCUCAUGGCCCACAUGAACAUCCCUGUCAGCCAGGUGCAGGACUUCCGUAUCUACGCCCAGGAGGUGUUGGAAUUUGGGGACAAGGUGUCCUUCCUGCUACUGCUGCCCCCCUCAGACGACGUGUGUACGGCCCCCGGCCAGAGCAACCCCUACUCCCCCCGGUCAGGCUUCCUCACCCUGCCUCUGCAGAUCUUUGAGCUGGUUCACUUUGAUGCCUACUGCCCCAGCUUCAUAGGGCAGUACUGCCGUGUGUCUGCCCUGUUGGAGCUGGAGUCGCUCAUGUCCCAGCAGACCCUGAGGGAGGCCUUCUCUGAGACGGAGCUCCACGCCGCCAAGCAGAAACACCAGCAGGUCCAGGAGCACAUGCAGCAAAUGGAGGAUGUGUGGCGGGAGGCGCGGUGGAUCAUGGACGCCCUGCAGUAUGCCCGCUACAAGCAGCCCACCGGGGCCAUUUCCCUGGCCUGGAUCAUCCACUUUUCCAUGGACGCAGUGCCCGACACGCCCCGCUCCACCUCCUCCCAGCCAGACUACCUUCCCUCACCCAUGCCCUCCCCCGAACCAAGCCGCAAGCACUCUGUAGACUUCCACGGUCUCUCAGAUGAAGAGGGUUCCUCUGAAGUCUUCCUCACCACUGACAGCGACUACGACUCUAGCCGUGCCCAGAGCCCCCGCGAGUUGGACCUUCUCCCCCCCUCGCCCCUCUCCUCCUCCGGCGGCGGUGUGGGAGGAGGGGGUGGAGGGGGUUCAGGGACAGGAGCGCUGAGAGACUCCACCCCAGACGUGCUCCAGGCCUCGGAGCCCCAGACAGGCCCUACCGGCGAACAACGGCUGAGCGGAGGGGGGCCCGGUGGGGAGAGGCGGAGGGGCAGGGGGGGUCCCAUGGAGCUCUUCGACAGCGACUUCAUCCUACCCAGCAGGCAGAUCGAACUACUGAGGAUCACGGAGAAGAGGCAGGCCUUCUGUGUGAGAACCAGUAGUCUUGAAUUCCCCUCUUCCUCUGGUGGUCAUACUGCACACUCACCCUCACCAUCCUCCUCCCCCCACCGCCGCUGGCACCGACCCUCCUCUGUGGACCGCUGCUGCCCUGCUGAGCAAUGCCUGCCGCACCCCCAGCCCCCCGCUCGCACCCUGUCAGAGGACAGCGGCACCCAGAGGCUCUCAGGUUCCCCCUCGCCCGGUGCCCACAGGAAAGGCUGGCACGCCACGCUCCGGGUGUACCCGCAGUACCGAACCGGGCUACCCAAGGAAACCAGUGUCAAGCUGCGGGUGACCCCAGGCACGUCGGCCAGGGAGAUGGUCCAGCUGGUGGUGCAGGAGAUGAACACGGUGUCGCGCCGGCUCCUCAGUGGUAGCAGUAGUAAUGGAGGGGGAGCGGAGGGGGAGAAGUGUCUGUACAGCCCUGAGCAGCUGGAGCACUUUGGACUGGUGCUGGUGGUGGACGGCAGGGAGAAGUGGCUCCAGGAUGACUUCUGUCCCCUGGAGCUGCAGAACCCCUGGCUCCGGGGCAAGCUGUGUGUCCGCAUCAAGGAGUACUCGCCCCUGGCACUGCAGUACAGCAGGGCGACUACUGUCUGAAACUAAGGGGUGGGGAAGGAUUCGGGGGCGGGGGACUUUAGGUCUGGACUACUAGUUGGAAGUUCCUCCUUCGGAAAUGUUGGAACAUGAACUUUUAACGUUUUACAUGGGCCAAAGCAAGGCAGCCUACCUGGGAUGAACUUCCACUGGAAUUUUCUCAAAUUUUCUCCCUCUCUUUCAAACUUUUUUCCUCUUCGGUUGUUUUUACCGUCCAGCUACUGUAGCUACAGAGCAUAGUCGGUGGUUUUAUGUUUGUUUGUUUGUUGUUAACUGAAAUGCUGCUGUGAGACUCUGUUUCCAUGAAGUCUCUUCCCACCCCAUGUAAACUACACUUUCUUCCUCAAUGCUCACCUGGACAUCAAAUGUACAAAAGGAAAUGGAAAACUGUUGUUAUUAUAUUAUUUGCAUCACCAAACGUCAAAGCCCAAAAAAGGGAUGUGACGUGAGGAAGAUUAAUGAAUGAAUGCUACCGCGCUUUGACAUGGGGCGUGAUUGACAGCAACACAUUUGCCAGAACGCGGCCAGUAUCGUCAUCUGCAGCCACAUGCGGGUGGACAAGCCUUUUCCUAUGAACUUUUCCUAUGAACUCUCUCUGUCUCUCUCUCUCUCUCUCUCUCUCUCUCUCUCUCUCGCUCUCAUUCCAAGAGGCUGUUGGCUGCAACCCUGCAGCCGGCCUUCCCGACGUUCCCAGGAUGUGGGCCCUGGACUCUUCCCAGAGGGCCCAGCGCGAGGGAAGGGGGCUGGCGUCUCCCAGCUCGGGACAGAAUCUGGAAUCUGCCCUGCGGUUUGACCUCUAAGUUUGUCACUCUGUCAGACUCGCCUCCCCUGGCCACUGUUGUAACUUUGGGAAGGAGAGAGCCAGGAGUACAGAGGAUUACACACAAGAGGGAGGGAGGGAGGGAGGCUGCAAUGUCUUUGGGAUUCUGGCACUUACUUUCUGGUGUUUCUUUUUCGUCCUGAGUGCAGGAGAAAAUACUUUGUACAUGGUGACUCCCGCCAAUCUGUGGUGAAGUCAUAAAACAAACCAUCAUCUCAUCCAACUUAGCCAUCGAAAAGGCAUAGAAAGCAGAUUUGGAUUUUUGAAAGACAAAACCCAAACAGGAACAAAGAAAGAGAAGCAAUACUUUACUUCCACGUGGGGUUUUUUCUCGUUUGUUUCUUUGUGAUUCGAGACGAUUGUACACCUUCCAGAAUUCGUCAAAAGUCUGGGCCAUGCUAGCCAUGUGCUAACCGAUAGCCAGUGCAGUGUUAUCCAGGCCGCUGGUACUCCAGUCCGACCAUUAAGAGGUGUUCGUCUCCUCAUUGGGGGUCUGUGCGUCUGUACAGCACCGUAAGUACUCCAAUGGAAAUAGGAUUGGCCAAGUUGCUCUUCAACAUGACGCUAUAGGCUCCUUCCGCUCACAGUAACUGCAGGCUUUGGUUUUAGUCUAGCACUCGUCUUCGUGUUCAUUAGGUAGAAAGGCAGAACCUUCAAUGCACUCCUUCUUUGGACUUAAAUAGCAUUUGAAAAGGUUCAAACAGAAGGCAUUUCAACCACGUAUGAAAGAGCCUGGUUGAAUAUGAUGUCUGAAAUGAAAGCCUGCACUUACUGUAACAUUGUGGGUCCAGAAAAGUUUAAACCUGUUCUUGAACCUUCUACCCUGUUCUUUCCUUAGACGUGGUUGUGUUCUCCGAGCCUGAUAUAAGUGUUUACAGAGUUUAGUUUCCUUUAUCCUCCCCAAAAACGUGUGUUUACAUAUAACUACAACAAAAAAAAAGUCUUAAAAGAGCAACUGAUGUGAAGUUGUAAAUGAAAAGUAUUGGUUCCACU